UUCAGUUUACUUCUUGUGUGAAAAAGUACGUGUGUGACAAGCUCCAAAGGGAAACCAACUGAGGCAUCGGAAUAAAACCCCAGAAUCCAUACUUGAGACACCUACAAGAAGCCCACCUGUGGAGCAAGUACGUAGCUGAAUGACUCCGAGUAUGAGGACAUGUAUGAUGAAGACUUGUUUGGUUUCCUGUGAUGCAUCGUGUUUGAUUUAAACGACUGAGCUUCUCUUCAAUUAUAAUGCAAUUUGCCUUAUGAAGAGUUAUGGAAUGAUCAUAAUUUCAUUAUGACUUCAUGCAAUGAAAAUAAAUAUGAUGUUGGACAGAUGUUAUCUGAUAUUCAUUUACAUACGUAUCAGUCAAUUUUCCAAGCAUAUGGCUACCAAACUGUUUUUGAUUGUGAAAAAUUAAAUCAUAAAACUCUACAGGAAAUUGGAAUAACUCUUACUGGACACCGAAAGCGAAUUCUUAAUAAAAUACAGAGCGUAUUGGGCAACGAAUCUGGAAAUACUGAAUGUGAUAUUGAAACCGAAGAAAAAACAACAUGCAUUUUAGCAUCAGAAAGGGCAGAUUCUAAAAAACAAAAUGGGAAAAUAAUUAAUGUUUCCUUAGCCUUGACAGAGCAGCAUGAGAGUUCUACAAAAGAAGAACAUUGCUCAGAAGGAGUCCUAGAAAUAACAAAAAUAAUAGAUCCUUCUGUCCAACCAGGAUUUACAUAUGAUUAUUUGGACAAACAGCAACUUACAAGCGCUGCUACAAACUAUUCUGACUGUAUACCGGGUAAUAAUGAUCAAGAUGGCUUGGAGGAUGAAAGUUUUUUUGAGUUUCAAGGACCUAUGGUUGAAAAUGAGUUGUACAGCAAAACAACAGAUGAUUCUUCACACAAGCAUUCCAUUACUAGUGUUCCAUCUCGAUCCUUUAUACUAAGAAACAGACCUGUACCUGAGUUACCUCGUGUUGCGAAUGAACAUAGAAAUACUCAUACCGGAGAAGAAAACAUGUACCCAAUCUCACCAUAUGAAGAAACUUUUUUCAACAGUUCAGAAUUAACAACUGAAUUCUACGAAGCGGAUACCAUUUUGACCACGGCAAGAAAAAAUGAAGUAAAUGAGGAAGACUCUGAAAUCAAUGCAAGCACAACAUCGUCACAUAACGAUUCCAUGCUACCUCAAGACAACUCAGAAGAGUCCUUGUAUUCCACAAUGGAAGAAUGCUCUCGUGAGUUGGGAUUGAAUGUAACUGAGAACCUAAAAGGGCAAUCUCCCACCACAACCAGUACCAAGCAGGGCAAUGUCAGCUUACAUCAAGAGGAUUCCAUUUCACCGUAUGCCUGCUUUUAUGGACCACCAAUAAAUAAAGCAGGAUGGUUAGAUAAACUUUCACGUCAUCGGCAUCGAACAUAUAUGUUUCAAAAGCGCUGGGUAAAACUGGAAGGAGAAAAUAUUUCCUACUACAAUACUGACAAGGAUGUGUUUUCUAAAGGGAAGAUUUCUGUGUCUGCCAUUUCAAGAAUUCAAAUGGUGGGGGAGAACAAAUUUGAAAUAAUAACACCCCAAAGGACAUUUGUGUUCCGAGUAGAAAAAGACGGAGACAGACAGGAUUGGAUUAACACAUUACGGCAUGCAUUAAAAUCCAAGCCCGAUAAAUGUCCAACUCUUAACGUCAGCGAUAAAAACGGAUACCUGGAGUUGAAAGGUUAUAAAAAUAAAAUUUUUACUAUGAUAAGUGGAAACAAAUUAUGGCUCAGUAAAAGCAAACAGGAUGCGGCCUCUGGGAUUUACAUUACUGAUAUAAAAAUGACUAUGAUAAAUAUAAAGGACGCAGACCGGAAUGGUUUUGAAAUCAUUACUCCCUUUAAAAAAUUUUGCUUUACAGCAGAAUCUGAAGGAGAAAAGCAAGAAUGGAUUGAAUCGGUGCAACAAUGUAUAACAGAAACUCUAGCUGAUUAUGAAGUAGCAGAGAAGAUUUGGUUCAAUGAAUCGAACACACAUUGCGCAGAUUGUGAGGCUCCAAACCCUGACUGGGCAUCUAUCAACCUAGGUGUUGUCAUUUGUAAAAACUGUGCAGGUCAACAUCGUAUGCUGGGAAGUAAAGUUUCAAAGGUGCACAGCUUGAAACUAGAUUACACCAUCUGGAGCAAUGAGCUGGUUGAGCUUUUCAUUGUAGUGGGAAACGAAAAGGUCAACAGUUACUGGGAAGCAAAUCUAUUGUCUGGGAGCAACACAAAGCCUCACGGAGCUUCAAAUAUUAACCACAGAAGAUUAUAUAUUACACAGAAGUACAAGGAGGGUCGAUUUAAACAAACGUAUAAUCCUAAACUAUCUCAAAGGCAAUUAAAUGAGGCCUUAUGUGCUUCAGUAAUGCAAUCUGAUGUUUUUCAAACAAUGGAGCUGGUAUUUAGUGGAGCAGACGUCAUGUAUAAUACGGGGGAUGCAAUUCACAGUACCCCGUAUCUUUUAGCAAAGCAGGCCGGACAACGUUUGCAGAUGGAGUUCUUGAAUCAUAAUAGGUAUUCAGAUUAUAAAGUUUUGGAUUAUCAGCCAGACAGAGAAACCACCCAGCGUUUGUAUUAUUGUGGCUUCUUAUAUAAAGCUUCCUCUAAAGUGCCCUCAAGCAACAAGAAGCUCAACGAAGACAUGAAGAAAUGGUGGUGUACAAUUGAAGAUAGUUUCUUGUACUACCAUGAAAAUGAGAAUACUCCUGAGCCAGAGGGGGGCAUUGACUUAAGUGAAGUAAUAUGUCUUGUUAUCCAUUCAUCAGACCCUUGCUUGCAUUCUGGGGCUUUCUUCACCUUUGAAAUCUAUUUAUUGUCUGAGCGUGUGUUUCUUUUUGGAUCAGAAAAUGUAGAAUCUCAGAUAGAAUGGACGAAGGCUAUAGCAGAGAAUGUUGUACCUGCUGUGCCCAAGAGGCUUUUGGCAUUAAAUUUUAGCAUAUUAGGAUUUCUACAUUACAAGCAUUCAUACAGUCUUAACAAAUGGAAAGAAGGCUGGUUUGCUUUGGACAUGGCAUGUUUGCACUACUGCCAUGACCAAGGAAAUGACCAAGAAGACUGUAUGCAACUCAAGAAACUUCAAGAACUUACAACCAGCGAAUCCAUAGUGAAAGGUGAAAAAAGAAACACUAUUUUACUGGUGGAAAGUGGAAGGAUAUUAUACAUCCAUGGACAUACAGCAGCAGAUUUCAUGAUCUGGCAUUCUGCAAUUGAAAAAGCAGCAGGUACAGAUGGUAAUGCACUACAAGACCAGCAGCUCAGCAAAAACAACAUUCCUAUUAUAGUGAACAGCUGCAUAGCAUUUGUUACACAGUAUGGUUUGGGAAGCAAAUCUCUAUAUCUGAAGAAUGGAAACCCGCUGCAUGUAAAGGAGUUACUGGGAGAUUUUAAGAAAGAUGCACGGAGCAUUAAACUAAAAGUCGGAAAGCAUCAGCUGGAAGACGUGACUGAUGUGCUGAAAUGUUUUUUAUAUGAAAUAGAUGAUGCGCUACUGACAAAAGAACUUUAUCCAUAUUGGAUCUCUGCCCUAGAUAUUCAGGAUGUGCAGGAGCGUGUUAUAAAAUACCAAACCAUAAUUGAUACUCUCUCUGAACUGAACAAAGCAACUCUUGCAGCUCUAAUUGAACACCUUUACAGGAUUCAAAAAUGUUCUGAUGUCAACCAUCUGGAUCCACAAAUUUUGGCUUCAGCUUUUUCUUCCUGUUUGUUUCAAACAAAUGGGCAAAAUGAUGCCGAAGUAGCUGUUGUUCGGGAUCUAAUAACUCACUAUGUAAAGAUUUUUCAUGUAAGUGAAGAGCAAUUACAACAAAUGGAUACAGAAAACAGAUUUAUUACCAAAUGGAAAGACUGUAAGAUUACUCAGUCUGGGGAUUUGUUAAUUGAAGUUUAUUUGGAAAGAAAAGAUCCCGACUCAUGUAUAAUUAUAAGGGUAUCUCCUACUGUGAGUGCUGCAGAAUUAGCUAAUUGUGUGGUUGGGAUUAGAAACCUUACUCUGACAAAUGAGAUGCUUUGGUCGACAUUUGAAGUAAUUGAAAAUGGAGAUCUUGAGCGUCUGAUGCACUACAAGGAAAAAGUACUGGAAACAGUCCUACAGUGGAGUUUACUGCCUGAUCCUGGAGCUGCAUAUCUACUUAUCAAGCCAUUUUCCAACCGUGAGCUAAUCAGUACUGGAAAGAAGUCUUUGUAUCAAAUGCACACAGGUUACGUGAAAUAUAAGGAGGAACCAUCAAAACUUCUUGCGGGGAACAAAUUUCAAGACAGAUACUUUGUAUUGCGAGAAAGGAAACUUCUUCUGUAUAAAGACAUAAAGAGUAUUAAACCAGAGAAAAUGUUGGCAGUUGUUUCUUGCAAGUUGUAUAUUGGUGUCAAAAGGAAAUUAAAACCACCAACAAGCUUUGGCUUAACAAUUUAUUUUGAAAAUCACCAAUGGCAUCUCUGUUGCGAUUCAAAAGAAACUCAAAUGGAAUGGUUGUACAGUUUACUCAAUGCUCAGCAUCCCGGUGAUGUUUUUCCUAGGACCAAAAAAUCUGAACAACCAACAACAAACCAAAAUUCAAAAAUGAAAGAAUUUAAAAUGGAACAAGAGAAGGAUAUUGUUCAAAUGAAACACAUGGAUGAUAAUGCAUGGCCAGACAAAAUCAUGCUCAGAAUCAAACAAGCAUUAUCUAAAGAGGACCUUAGUUCAACAUUAAAACAAAGGGCAUCGAUGCUGACUGAAUUGGAAAAUAAAGAAGAAGGGCGCCUUACAAAACACAAGAAGCACUAUAGUUUGGUAAACCUUUCCAUGCCAAGCAACUAUGAUGGUGGCGAGAUGCACAGCAAAGACUCAGACUUUAGAGACCUAGACCAAUGCAACAAAAAGCCUUUGGCAUCCAAAGCAACAUUACCGCCAACGCUUAUAAAGGAACUAAGUUCAGUGAUACAGAAAAAACAAAAAAGAGAGGAUGGAAUGAACCAGAUGUGAUUAACAAAAGACUACAAUGCUUACUGGAAUGUGAAAUGUAGGUUUGCUGUAUAUGAUAAUUUGAUUACGUGGAAGAUAAAUAACAGCACUCAGAUAAAUAACAGCACUC